UUUCAGUGUGCGUCGUAUUUUUCUAUACAGUAAUAAAUCCCCGUUGUCCUUCCAGUAUUGUCGGUCAAAGGUCACGCUGUCCUGUCACACUCGCGCCAAUUCUGUACUUCCGGUUGAGGCGCGCUGCAAACACAGAUAUGGAUCUGAGUGAUUUUGAGGCGGAUAACUCCGUGAGCUGCCGCUUGUCUUCGUCCAUCCCGGACGUGUGUAAGACGGAGGACUGCUGCCUGGGCAUCGAUGAAGCGGGCAGGGGUCCCGUACUGGGACCCAUGGUGUAUGGGAUAUGCUUCUGCCCUGUGUCCAGAAAGGAAGACCUGAAGAAUUUGAAAGUGGCAGACUCAAAGACGCUGACGGAGGCAGAGAGAGAGAACCUGUUUCUGAAGAUCGAUGAGGCCAAAGAUUUUGUAGGCUGGGCCCUUCAGAUCCUCUCGCCAAACACCAUUUCCACCAGCAUGCUGCAGAGAGCAAAAUACAAUCUGAAUGCGCUGUCACAUGAUGCAGCGAUUGGCCUGGUGCAGCAUGCCCUGGACUGUGGGGUGCAGCUCAAAGAGGUGUUUGUGGAUACAGUAGGUCCUGCAGAGAAGUAUCAGGAGAAGCUCUCACAGCGGUUCCCAGGGGUGGAGGUCACUGUCCGUCCCAAAGCUGACUCGCUCUUCCCCAUCGUCAGCGCUGCCAGCAUCUGUGCCAAGGUGGCUAGAGACCAUGCUGUCAAAUCCUGGAAAUUUGCAGAAGAUUUGAGUGAAGUGGACACAGAUUAUGGCUCUGGGUAUCCUAAUGAUCCUAAAACUAAGAGCUGGCUGCUGAAGCACCUGGACCCAGUGUUCGGUUAUCCUCAGUUUGUGAGGUUCAGCUGGAGCACAGCGCAGACGCUCAUGGACAGUAAAGCUGUUGCUGUUCACUGGGAUGAUGAUGAGGAAGAUGGAGAGAAGGCCGCUGCUCGUCAGAAUAACACCUCGGUGCUGUCGUAUUUCAGUCGCAGCAAACCGUCAGAGCUCUCACACACACGAGACACACACCGAUUUUUCACUGAGCGCAAACUCCAGAGCAUCAACACACUCUGAACACAAACACUGUCCAUAAAUGAGAGAAGAACCGGACAGACCACAAAAUACAUGUCAACUGGAAAUGUCCAACAUAACAAUGAAUUGUACAUGAACCAGAAUGUAUUAUAUUCUCAUUUGUGUUUUUUUUUUAAUGGCUUGUAUUAUUCAUUUCUGGAUGUAAAAUCAAUAAAAUGUUUUCAUUUUCAUA